AUGGAAGACUUCGACGCCUACCGUGCCGCGUGUGCCAACCGAAUGCGACGUCUGGAACGCUACAAGAAGGCUCGCAGCUUCUGCAGUCUUGAGACCGACGAGCCGACGUCUUCGGCCUCAGUGAGCCCGACUGCGGAUGCUCCGCGAGCCGACGGAUCGUCCACCUUCGACAUGAUCCGCGAGAAGAUGGUGAGUUUGCACGACACUUUGGGCCAUCAUUUAUGUGUGAAUGCGAGUCGAAUUGUUUUGAUUCGUAGUGCAAACACCUUCGGGCUCCAACCAAAUUACGCGUCUUUAUCCGCAUGUUCUUACUCUCCUUCUCCCCAUUUGCAAACAUUCUUUGAGGGUGUGAAUGGGGGAAAGAGCGGGAAACUGAGAAGACUUGGCGCGGUGGCGGAGGGGGAGUAAACAAUACGAACAAGUGUACGGACGGGGAUCAAGAAAGCAUGUACUCUCAGACUCUCGGAUUGUUUUCGCCUACUUCAGACUAUGAUCUAGUAUUGAGAAUGUUGAGUGAAUGUUGACGAGCAGCGAUACUGUACAUGUGUGACUUCUUCAAAAUUCUUCAAAUUUCUUCUGCCUCAAAUAUUUUCCGCUAUUCAUUCAAAUUUGCGUCGUCACCGUCGAAUUUCCGCUAAUUCACCCAGAAUUACGCCAUCUUGUGCUUCUUCGCCCUCGUCGUUCAUUCCGGUUUCGCAAAAGCCUUGGCAUUCCAACGUCUCCUUUCUUCCUCUUUUCCUUCUCGGAUUCCUGUUCGAAUGCUUUGCCCCCUCUGUCCCUCCUCCGGGUAAUUAGGCGGCAAAAAAGAUCCGUCGGCGAGAUAAAUGACGCAACCGGGUGGCCAAUAAUCGAGGAGCGCGGACAAUAGCCGUGGGGGCGACGGUUUCCCGCUCGGAUCCGUCGGAAAAAAGAGCGAAAAGAGAGGGCUGGCAGCUGUGAAACGGGAGCCGCGAAGGUCAGCGGGGGAGCAGACGGAUGCCCGUUGCGCAUAAAUCAUCGGGUUGAUUGGAAUUGCAAAAGUUAUAACCCUGGCGUGUCUCUCGAAGCCAAUGACCCGCAUGGGAAAGAAGUUCGGGCGGCCCAAGGUUAAUAGGGUUCGGUUUUUGAGUAAACAGCCAAUGACACCAAAACACUCGAAAAAGAGAGACGGUCCCGAUCCCUCUUUCCCUUCAGAUCCGCUCUUCAGAGGGGUAAAUAUACCGAAUAGAGAGUGUUGAGUGCAUCGGACGAAAGAUUACCUUUGGAGGGAGCAAAGUGACGGGAACAGAAGGGCAUGAAGUCACAAGGGAUUGAGCAAUGUUUGAGAGCAUCGAGAGGGUGCUACCGUGUUGUUUCGGCUUCUUUUCCUCCUGAUUACAUAAUAUUAAUUCUGCUAUUUACAGUUCUCUUUGAUGGAGAACGACAUGACCCUGCUGAAGCAACUCCUUCAACUCGGCGACCAAAUCAGCGAGAUCAAAAAGGAACGGUUGCGGAGAACAAUGUCGCAGAACAGUCUGGAAUACGACGAAGAAGACGAGAAAGAGGUCAGUUUAAAGCGGGCAAGUGCUCAGUGAAAAAUGACAAUUUCAGGACAAGUUCGACUCGGAUCAGCACGGAUUCUCGGCUUCGAUGAGUGCGGUGACCAAUCUGUACGUGGACGACGAACGGCCGCAGUUCUUCUCCCGCCAGAACUCGGUGCUGCGCAUUCCGAUCCCGCCGCGAAGCAGCAACCGAUUCGGGCCCAGACGCAUCAUUCGGAGACCUUCGGAUGUGCUGCCACGUCAGCAAACGAACAACAUCAGAUCCCUUCACGUGAACAGCGAUGACUCGGAUUGCAGUUCUUCCGGAAGCAAGACACAGUGAGUUUAAAGAGCGGAAUUGCAAGUGAAAGUCUGGCUUAAUUGCAGUUCUCCGACAAGUUCGGUCUCCAACUCAUCCACAUUGAUUCUCCCCCAGAAAACGACCAAGAAUCGGUAAAAUUGAUUGAAAAUCGAAUCUCAAAUCUUAUCAAAUCACAUUUUAGAUCCUCAAACUCCUCAAUCGACUCUGGAAUCCGAGACGAGCAGCUCACCCCUUCGCCAACUUUCGAAAGCGUCGUCAUCUGA